AUGGAAGAGAGAACACAAGGCGAGCCACAGAAUCCGUCUGAGGUUUUGGAGCGUGCGCGGAUGCUUUAUGGAAGUAAGGACCACCGUGGGCUGGAAGGGCUGUUUGGCAAGUACUUGCGCAAAUCGUAUGACCUGGAGUUCUGGAUGCUGUAUGUUGAGUAUGUGAAGAAGGUGAGCCAGAAGAAGUUCAAGCUAUAUGAGGUGUAUGAGUUUGUGCUUGGGCAGUUUGAGCACUACUGGGAUCUGAGUGGGCUGUACAGGGAGUACAUUGAGGAGCUGGGGAAGAUUGAGGAUGAGCAGUUGAGGAUUGAGAAGAUGCGGAGUGCAUACAUGAAGGCGCUGCAGACGCCGAUGGGGUCGUUGGGCGAGCUGUGGAAGGCAUUUGAGAGUUUCGAGCUUGACCUUAAUAAGAUUACUGGCAAGAAAAUAGUGAACGAUAUGCUUGCAGUGUUCCAGAGCACAUUCCAGCGGUACCAGGCGAUACAGCCGCUUGUGAGGAGCUGGAGCAUUGCAAGUGCGUCUGAGCUGAUUGAUGUGGAGACUGAGAUGGGGCAGAAGCUGAGUGAGAAGGCCUAUGAGUCGCGGAUGCAUUUUAUACACAACUAUGUUCUUGAUUCCUUUCAUUAUGCACAGGAGGUGUAUUUUUUCUAUAGCGAGUACUUGAUCGGGAUAGGGCAGAAGGAAAAGGCGAAGAAGGUGGUGGAGAGGGGAAUUGAGAUGAGCGAAGGGAUGUUCCUGCCGCUUUACUAUGGGCUGGUGAUGGAUGAGGAGGAAGUGUAUGUGGACCUACAGAGGAGAUAUGCAGGAGGGGAGGGCAGGCAUGAGAGGGAGGCAGAUCUUGUUGCAAUCAACAGGCUGAGCUAUGUGCUGAAGAAGAGGGGGCUUGAGGCGUUCCGGAAGAUGUUUAUUGAGCUGAGCAGCGGAGGGAUUGGGCCUCAUGUGUAUGUGUAUUGUGCGUUUGUUGAGUACUAUGCUACUGGAAGCAAAGCAACACCUUAUAACAUUUUUUCGUCGGGGCUGCAAAGGCAUCCUGAGAAUGUGCUUCUUAAGGAGGAGUUUUUUCUGUUUCUGCUGAAGAUAGGAGAUGAGGAGAAUGCAAGGGCGCUGUUUAAGCGAUUUGAGAAGACAUGGAGGAUGUGGGAUGCAAUGAUUGGAUAUGAGUUUAUGGUGGGCAGCAUGGAGCUGUUUAGGGAGCUUGUUGGGCAGAAGAUGGCAUCGAUUAGGAGCGGGACGAUUGUUGAGGAUGCAUAUAGAAAGGAUGAGGGGAGGCAAGUGGGAGGGAUUCUUGGGAGAUACUGCAGCUUUGUGGAUUCGUUCAGCUUUCUUGAUCUAAGGAUUGGAGAUGGAUCGAGGCUUGUUGAUGAGUUUAUUGAAAAGCUUCCUGAGAUCAGCAGAGCAAGCGAUGUGCUUUCGAACCUGAGGAUUGAGAGUGUGAUUGAGCUUCUGAAAAGCAUGUACUGGUAG